AAGGCGGUCGAAGGAUUAUUUUUGUUUUGUCUUCGGUCCGAAAACGAUGGAAAUGAGGCGGGCGGAAGGAUCGAUAGAUCCGGCGAGGAGAUUCCCUGAAUAUCUUGUGUGAGCUGGAACUCCCCGCCCCACCGCUAAAGAAGUUAUCAGAGUGGUCUAUUUGCACGGAACGAGGGCAGGUUUUGUUUUAAACUGGUGGCCUUCGCCUCCAGGAUUGAGGCCGCCAUCAUUAUUGGGUCCCGGGCUGCAGAGAGCAUGCGCGGUGGCCAUCUUUGUAGUGGUACCGUUCGGAAUGAAUGGGAGGAGUUUGCUUCCUAUUGUUCAGAAUGGAGACACCUUGUCCAUCAGCCUUUCACAUCCAGCAUCCUGUUCAUGAGAUAGCGCGGCGGCACGGAAGGAAAGGAAGCAAAUAUCCUACAUUCCAGAUCCGGCGACCUCUUGGCAUGACUUGCCUCCCUAUAUCGUCUAAACAUCUGUUCAGAAGACCCAGGACCCUGAGCACACUUUAUUCUCGAAUCAAAUGACUUCCAGGGGGAUACGACAUAGGGAUUUGCAAACAGGAAACUGAAACCAAACAUCACGUCCAAGUGUGACAAUCACUUACUUCAAAUCAUCGGCCUCUAAAAGAUAUUAGAAGGUUGGGAAUUGCAGUUAGGUAACUCAAACCAAUGUUGUGAUACAGUCACCCAAUUUGGCUUAACCUGAAUAUCAUUGGAUUUUGAACAUGGAAGGACACAGUACCAUUCCCAGUGGUGAGAAACCAUAUAUGUGUUCUGCGUGUGGAAAAAGCUUUGCAGAUUCAUCCUACCUGUUAGCACAUCAGCGUGUUCACACUGGGGAGAAACCAUUCAACUGCUCCCAGUGUGGAAAGGGAUUCACUUGGUCAUCCAGCCUGCUGAGGCAUCUGCGAAUCCACAGUGGAGUGAAACCAUUCACCUGCACUGAGUGUGGGAAGGGAUUCACUCAGUCAUCCCAUCUGCUGAUUCACCAGCGAGUUCACACUGGAGAGAGACCAUUCACCUGCACUGAGUGUGGGAAGGCAUUCACUCAGUCAUCCCAUCUGCUGAUACACCAGCGAGUUCACACCGGAGAGAGACCAUUCGUUUGCUCCAUGUGUGGAAAAGGAUUCACUCAUUCAUCCAAACUUCUGGAACAUCAGCGAAUUCACACUGGGGAGAAACCAUUCACCUGCUCCGAUUGUGGAAAGGGAUUCACUCAGUCAACACAUUUGCUGAUACACCAGCGAGUUCACACUGGAGAGAAGCCAUUCACUUGCUCCAUGUGUGGGAAGGGAUUCACUCGGACAUCCAAACUUUUAGUACACCAGCGAACUCACACAAGGGAGAGACCAUUCAUCUGCUCCAAAUGUGGGAAGGGAUUCAUUCAGUUGUCCCACCUGCUGACGCAUCGGCGUGUUCACACUGAUAAAAGGCCUUUUAAAUGUUCAGACUGCGUGAAAUGCUUUAAAAGCUCCAAGCAACUGAUAUCCCAUCAGCGUGUGCACACUGACAAGAAACCAUACAGGUGCUCUCACUGUGGGACUGGGUUCAGGCAAUCAUCUGAUCUCACUGUACACCAGCGAGUUCACACUGGAGAGAGGCCCUUCAUCUGCUCAAAGUGUGGGAAAGGAUUCAUUAACUCAUCCCAUCUACUGACACACCAGCGAGUUCACACUGAGGAGAGACCAUUCACCUGCAAUGAGUGUGGGAAAGGAUUUACUCAGCUAUCCAAUUUGCUUAGACACCAACGAGUUCACAGCGAUGAGAGACCCUUUAAUUGUCCACAUUGUGGGAAGUGCUAUAAAAGUUCUGGAGAACUGGUGCGCCAUCAACGUGUCCACACUGAUGAGAGACCAUUCAGGUGCUCCCACUGUGGGACUGGGUUCAAGCGAUCAUCUGAGCUCACUGUACACCAGAGAGUUCACACUGGGGAGAGGCCGUUUUCCUGCUCAGAGUGUGGAAAGGAGUUCACUCAGUCAUCUCACCUACUCCAACACCAACGAAUUCACACUGGGGAGAGACCAUUCACCUGUUCAAAGUGUGGGAAGGGGUUCAUUAAUUCUUCCAACCUGCACAGUCACCAGCGAGUUCACAAGUAACUACAGUGUUGGGGUUUUGCUGUUUAUCCCAUUCUUGGACUGAACUGUAUUCAUGUUGUGGACAAAAUUCUUCGUGCAGAGAGUUGUGAGCGCAUGGAAUACUUUGCCAGUAGUAGUCGUGGAAGAAGAGUCAUUAGUGACAUUUUAAGCGACUGCUGGGCAUACACAUGGACAGCAGUGAAUUGAGGGGAAUGUAGGUUAGGUUAUUUUAUUUUUGGAUUAGGAUUAAUCCAUGGCACAACAUUGCGGGCCGAAGGGCCUGUACUGUGCUGUACUGUUCUGUGUUCUAAAAGUAAAGAAAGCAUUUCAUUAAAUAAUGUGUCAUGGCUUCUUAGUAUCUCUGGCACAACUUAGUUCUUAUUAAAAGUAUGUCCUAUCCCCUGUGACCUUCAGCCCCACUUCCAAAAAGUGUGAAGAACUUGGAAAGGUUCCUUGCCAGAGCUUGAGACAAUCCUGCGCUUGCUACUUCCCCUUUUUCCCCUUUCCCACAAGCAAACUGCGUCUCUGAAGUUGCGCAAGUCCUGAAUUCCCAUCUUUCUCUAUUUUCUCUCCUAAAUCGAGUCAUAUCCUGUCAGAGUUCAUCAUGACCAACCUAUUGCUCCUGGGAUAAGAGAUAAUGGGAACUGCAGAUGCUGGAGAAUCCAAGAUAAAGUGUGGGGCUGGUUGAUCACAGCAAAGAUUUUUCUGAUGAAGGGUCUAGGCCCAAAACGUCAGCUUUUGUGCUCCUAAGAUGCUGCUUGGCCUGCUGUGAUCAUCCAGCCCCACACUUUGUUAUAUUGCUCCGUGACCCUAUUCGUAAUUAACUGCUGACCGCUUAGAUUUCCCAUGCUAGCUAAAGUAGCUGACUUUGCACAAGCAAAAUACUAGUUGGUUGAGAUCCGAAAUAAAAACAAAGUGGCGGAGAAACUGAUCUUUGUUCGCUUUCUGAAUCCAAAAUGACUCUUCUUUGGAACUGAAGAAUCAGUGGACUCGGUGUUCAUUCUAUUCUGUCUUCCCAUAUGCUGCCAAGUUUCUCCAUUACCUGUUUUUGUUUCAUCUAACUCCCUCUGCUGAUUGUUAGUGUAUAAAUUUCCUGAGAGCAUAGAUGGGGUAAACAGGAAGAAGCUUUUCCCUGUUAGUCGAAGGAUCAACAGAUAGAUUUAUGGUAAAGGGCAGGAGAUUUAAGGCAAAAUUUUUGCACCCAGUGGGAUGUGUGUGUCUGGAACUCAUUGCCUGAAAGGGUGGGAGAGGCAGAAACCUUCACAAGACCAGGUGCUGGAAAAUGGAAAUUAGAGUAGAUAUAGUUUUACAGCACCAAAGAUCGUAAAGAUGCAUGUUCAAAUCUGCCUCUUCAAUCCAGGGAUAUUUCUUGUUCAAUACUUUCUCAAAAUGCAUUUUGUUGCAAAGCAAACUGCUACAAAUCACAAUCAGAUAAGUGAUCAGUGCAAAGAUUUCUAGCUUUUUUUCACCAAAAAAAAAAUUAGGGUCACUAUUUAAUCAAUUUAACCUGUCUCCCAAAGUCAGAAUUUCUCCAGGAUUUACUGGGCAUGAGGUAUAUCUGCAAGAUAGAAGCAGACAGGGGAAUGAAUUAAAGUAGAACUUCUGAAGCAAGAAUGGUGAAUAAACUGAACAGAAGACUUUUUUUUCUUAACCCCUGAGAUUCCACAAGCUCUGUUGCUAACAGCAUAAGGGAAGCCUUUGACUUUGUCCUGAUUUGAUAUGUCUCAGGAGAAUUGUCACCAGAGGAGUGAUAGCGAUGCUGUGCCAAAAGUUUUUAGAAAUCUUUUAAUAUUUAUUCAUUUUGAGUCUUUGUGCCGUAUUCAUUCAUUGUUUGUAUUAACCCUAACUAUUAUUCAAGUCGUUGUAUUUGAUUUUUGAAUAACCCCAGGAAGAAUUAAGGUCCUUCAUUUGAACUCAGAAGAAAACCAUUCUUUCGCCAUUGUGUAUCAUUCCUAAGAUGUACUGCAGUUAUUCACCACUUGCACCAAGACUACUUCAAUGGUACCUUUUUAAAAAGGCUGCUAACAUCUAGAAAACAAAGUUGGCAAUCUAUGGGAAUAGCACCAUCUGCACAUGUCCUUCCAAGACACACUCACCAUCCUGACAUAGAAAUGGGUCACUGUUCCCUAAAAGGCACUGUCCCUUCCUUAGUGUUGUAGCUGUCCCUACACCCCAAAACAAAUGUUGCUGUUUGGGAGACAGGCCACCACUACAUCCUUGCGGACAACCACUAUGGAACACAAGUAUUCAGCAGCACCAUCCACGUAACAUAAAUGAAUAUAGUAAACUCUGACUUUGAAAUUGAACUAGAGUCCAGUUGUACAGCUACCGCUCAUCUUCCCCACAGUAACUUGCUAUUAAGUUAAUGUAACUCUAACCCUAUCGCAGGCCAGCAUGCUAAAUGCCGCCUUCACCACCUUAUCUAUCUGUGACACUUGCUUUCAACAAGCUAUGUACUUGUACUCCUAGGUCCUUCUGUUCCACAACACUCCCUCGGACCUGACCACUUACUACACAAGUCCUACCUUGUUUUCAAAUUUUCAAAAAGUGCAACACCUCACACUUGUAUGUAUUGAACUGCAUUUGCCAAUUGUCAGCCCACAUCCCCUUCUGAUCUAUUUUUGACUCUUUGCCACUUUUUUUCCCCCCCCCCCAAAAGAAGUACCAGGCUUUGAGAACAGUAAUUCUUUUUGAUCCUUAAGGGAGGGCUCUCAGGGUCAGGUAACAUUGUGGAAAAGACAAAAGCUGGCAAAUGGUAUUUGGACCCUUUCUGAAACCUGAUAUGUUCUGAAGAAGAGUCCUUAAAUGGUCGACAUUUUUGCACAGAUGAUAUCAUCCUACCAGACAGCUGAUUUAUUGAUUUAACAAUUUGAAACACUGAAAAUAAAUUGAGAAAUAUUGAUCUUGAUGGUUAUGGAUUCAUUUCCUACCAUGAAAGCUGGAAAACUGUUUCCUUCAGAUCCGCUUGUUUCAAUUUGAUUUCAGCACUGAAUAUUGAACUGGUGCCAUUACUUUAUUCUACACUAUUGGAAGCUCCACUUUGUUUAAAAUAAAACUGCUCCAUUUUA